UGGUAUUUAAACACACAUAGAACACGGACUUUGGAAACAGUUUAUGCUUGAGGAAGUGGUGACCGGUGGUGACUAUCAUUUUUGUAUAAUUUGAAGAAAAUCAUAGACUACCAUGGCAGAACUCAGCCCAUUUGUGUAUUGGGCCCAAACUGAGAAUAAUAUAUCUCUUAAGGUUGAUCUCAGAGAUGCGAAGAUUCCUGAUGUGACUCUAACUGAGAAGAAAUUGCACUUUUCUGCUGAUGGAUACGGAGCCAAAGGACAGCAUAAUUAUGGAUUUCUUCUGGAUUUCCAUUCAUCAAUUGACCCUGAGGAAAGCAAAUUUAAAGUGACAGACAGACAGGUGGAGUUUGUUUUGAAGAAAACAACAAAUAAAUGGUGGCCAAGAUUGACUGCUACACCCCAAAAGCCAGCUUGGCUAAAGAUUGAUUUUGACCGAUGGAAGACAGAGGAUGAUGAUGAUGAUGAAGAGACAAGAGACGUGAUGGGUGACUACCCAGAUCUUUAUAAAAGACUUGAGAAGGAAGAGCUUGGGUACAGGAAAGAAGAUCUUAAGAAGGUGUACUUAAUUUUCUACAACUUGUGCCAAUUUGUUGGCUUUACAUACAUCAUCACUGUUAUGGCAAUUCGCUACUUCAGAGAUGGACCUAAUUCAAUGGAAGGAACAUAUGAAGCAGUGGGAGGUGCAAUGAAAUUCUGCCAGUUGAUGCAGUUCCUAGAAGUAAUGCAUCCUCUGUUUGGAUAUACUAAAGGAGGUGUACUUACACCACUUAUACAGGUACUUGGUCGAAAUAUUAUUGUGUUUUGCAUGAUAGAAGCUGAGCCCAGAAUGUGGGGGAAACCUGUUGUCUUUUAUCUCUUCCUCAUAUAUAGUUUAGUGGAAUUGGUUAGAUAUCCAUAUUACAUCUGUGAGUUGUUCAAAAUACAUUCUGGAUUCCUUGUCUGGCUUCGGUAUACGAUGUGGAUACCUCUAUAUCCACUUGGCUUUCUUUGUGAAGGGAUUGUGAUUCUUAGAGAUAUUCCAUACUUUGAAGAAACACAGAAAUUUACAGUCUCUCUUCCAAAUUCAUUGAACUUCAGUUUUCACUUUCCAACAGUUAUGAGGAUUUAUUUGCUCAUAUUCUUCUUUCCAGCCUUGUAUGUAAUGAUGUCACAUAUGUAUAAAACCAGAGUCAAGAAGCUGGGGCCAAAGAAAUUGAAGUACAAGUUCAACUAAAGUGAGAAGAACAAAUAUAGAUGUUUAUAUUCAGUGAUUAAAGACAGCUAAUUAGAGUGGAUAACAGUUACUGCUAUAUCUUUAUUCCUAACUUCAAAACAUGUUCUGGAUCCUGAAACAUAUGGAAUAAAUUUAUAGUUAUCAUACAGUAAUUAUGGUUCACUUUAUUACAUACAUGACAUAACUUUCAAGACUGUGCUGAACAGUGAAGUAAGUGUUUCUGGGGUAGAGCAGUCAUUGUAUUAGGAUAUUAAUAUUCAUACUUGCAUCUGAGGCCUGCUUUUUGUAGGCUAAAUAUCACAAUUGCAGUGGAACCUACUUGUAUUAAUUCACGUACUGCUAAUAUGCUAUGACCAAAGAACCUGAUGUAUGGUGUAGAAUAAAUGGAGCAAGAAAUUGUUUGAA